AUGCGUUCAUACCAGGUGCUCGUCGUAGCGUUCUGCGUCUUCGCAGCUAUCAGCGCGGAGGAUGCUAAGAAAACGUCCAAGAGAGGAGUUUUCGGCGAGAGCCUAGGAUUAGGCUACGGCAGUGGUUACGGAGGUGGCUACGGAGGUGGUUACGGAGGUGGCUACGGAGGUGGAUACGGAAGUGGAUACGGAAGUGGAUACGGAGGUGGCUACGGAGGUGGAUAUGGAAGUGGCUACGGAGGAGGUUACAGCGGUAGCUACGGAAGUGGCUACGGAGGAGGUUAUGGAGGUAGCAGUUAUGGACUUGGUGGCGGUAGUUACGGUGGUCUCUACAGCGGACUGGGAGUUGGCAGCUACGGUGGAGGAUAUGGCCUAGGAGGAGGUAGUUCCCCCGUCACCGUAAACACCGUGAGCCACGCAGUCCCUGUACCUGUACCACACCCAGUCCCUGUUCCCGUCACCCGCCAUGUUCCGGUACCGGUUCCUCAAGCGGUCCCUGUUCCAGUACCGCGUCCCUACCCUGUUCCCGUUCCCCAGCCCUAUCCCGUGACCGUUACUCGUCAUGUCCCUGUUCCUGUUGCCCGCCCAGUACCCCACCCAGUGCCUCAUCCCGUUCCCGUCGCAGUACCUAGACCCUACCCCGUCCCAGUCCCACAACCCUAUCCUGUUACAGUCACCAGGCCGGUUCCUGUACCUGUCCCUCAGCCCGUCAUCGUCCGCCAACCAGUCGCUGUCUCCACUGGCUACGGUGGAGGUAUCUCUAACUACGGUGGCUCUCUUGGAUCCUACGGUGGUUCUCUUGGAUCCUACGGUGGCUCUCUUGGAUCAUACGGUGGUUCUCUUGGCUCCUACGGUGGAUCCUACGGAGGCUCUCUUGGAUCCUACGGCGGUUCUCUUGGAUCCUACGGCGGUUCUCUUGGAUCCUACGGUGGCUCCCUUGGAUCAUACGGAAGCAGUGGAGGUCUCGGAUCUUCUUAUGGACACGGCAUCUCUUCCUCUUACGGAAGUUCUUACGGUGGAUCUGUUGGAUCGUCCUACGGAGGCUCCCAUGGAGGGUCUUCGUAUGGAUCUGGUCACGGAUCACGCGGGUGGCAUUAAUGUCUCUUACAUUAUUACAUAAUCCGCAAGCAUGUCCCUGCUCAACUAGUGAACACGAUGUGUUGCCAGCAGAUCUCCUGUCCACGUCUUGUGUGAGAUGUCUGUGAUCUCCUCCGCUCAUUUUAGUCUCAUAGUUACCAACGUUUACCAAA